GUUUAUGUCGGUUAAUUUGAUUUUGAUGGUGGGAAAUGUUUUGUUAUAAAUACAAGAUUUGAUGUUUGGUUUAUUGUUUUAAAUUAAAUUAAAAUGCCUGCCGAAAUGACCGAAAAACAGAAGUCGAGAAAGAAAAUCGUUGAAGAAAAAUCUGUAGAGGACGAUAUAAUUGACGACGAUCAACAGUUAUCUGAUGAGGAUGAUACAGACGUAAUAGAGGGUAUUCGAAUUCCUAGGGCUACCAAACCAACUUUGUCUUUUGACCCUACGGGUCCCCGUUUAAUUAUAACCAGAAUUACUAACAAUUUUUUUAAAAGUUACGCUGGAGAGCAGAUUUUAGCACCAUUUCACAAGUGUUUUAAUGCUAUCAUUGGACCCAAUGGAAGUGGCAAAAGCAAUGUUAUUGACUCAAUGUUAUUUGUGUUUGGUUAUAGAGCUACAAAGAUUAGAUCAAAGAAAGUUUCAGUAUUAUUACACAACUCUGAUAGAUACAGAAAUGUGCAAUCAUGUUCAGUUGCUGUACACUUUGCUCUAAUUAUCGACAAGUCUGGAGAUGAGUAUGAUGUAGUACCUGGAAGUGAAUUUGUUGUAUCUCGAGUUGCUAACAAAGAUAAUUCUUCACAUUAUACUUUAAAUGGCAAAAGAGUGCAAUUUAAAGAAGUUGGUAAGAUACUAAAAACUCAUGGUAUAGAUCUGGAUCACAAUCGGUUUCUUAUUCUUCAGGGUGAAGUGGAGCAAAUCUCUAUGAUGAAGUGUAAAGCUGAAAGUGAACAUGAAACUGGUAUGUUAGAGUACUUAGAAGAUAUCAUAGGAACUAACCGUUAUAAGAAACCAUUAACUCAAGUUACAGAACGAGUUGAAUAUCUUACUGCCCUAAAAACUGAAAAAUUAAAUAGGAUGCAGCUCGUGGAUAAUGAACUAAAAGAAUUGCAAGCCCCUAUGGAAGAAGCUGUCAAAUUUUUGAAGGUUGAAAACAAAGUUGUUACAAGCAAAAACUUCCUGUAUCAAAAGAAUAUUUAUAAUAUUGAAACUAAGUUAGAAAGACUUGAGGAACAGAAAAAAGAGGUUGUAGCGGAACAAAAAGCAUUUGAAGAUAAUUUGCAACAGAUACAUGAGAAGAAGAUUGAAAAAGAAACAUUAUUGAAAGAAAAAUCUGCAACCUAUGAACAUCUUAAGACACGAAAGGAAAGUUUAACUGACGCCUUUAACAAAGCUAAUAAUAAGGACAUCCAGCUGCAAGAGACCAUGACACAAACUAAUACUACCAGGAAGAAAACAAAGGAACUUAUUGUAGCAGAAAAGGCGAAGUUAGAAAAGCUCAAAAAAGUACCUGAAGAAAGUAAAGGGGGUAUAGAAGAAUGUGAAAGGAAAAUCGAAGAACUCUCUGCCAAAAAAGAGAAGUAUGAAGAAGAAAAAACUAAGAUUUUGUCUAGUCUAAGAACCGAAACUAAAACUCUACAAGAAAAGAAAGAUGUCAUACAAAAUCAAUUAGUAGGAUUAAAGGAAGCUGUCGACGAAACUAAAUCGCAGUAUAAAUUGGCUGAAUCAGAAUUAAACAUUUACGUGAGCAAUGAAGAAGGUGAAAAAGAAAAGCUGAAAAAUUUGCUCGAAGAGUAUGAAAACGUCGAUUCUACCAUAGCAGAGAGAAUAAAACAAGUCAACACGUUAAAAAAGAAAAUACCAGCUACCGAAAAAUCAUUGAACAGUGCCAUGGAGGAACUCAAUGUGGUCAAGUUGCAAGAAUCACAAUUAAUUUCCGAAAUUAGAGGAAAUAGAACUCAAUUGGAAGAGAAGAAGAGUUCGAUGCAAGCGACUAAGUCGAAAGGAGCUGUUUUGGACGGCUUAAUGAACCAAAAACGUGAUGGAAAUUGCCCUGGACUCUAUGGAAGAUUGGGCGAUUUAGGUGCGAUCGAUCAAAAAUACGAUGUUGCCAUUUCAACUGCUUGCGGACCUCUCGAUAACAUAGUUGUCGAUACAGUUAGUACAGCAGAAUGGUGUAUACAAUUUUUGAAGAAAUAUAAUCUGGGUAGAGCUACGUUUAUUGCUCUCGAUAAACAAGAACAUUUGAGGCCAUAUGCAACCAGUAGAAUAUCAACACCGGAAAACGUACACCGCUUAUACGAUUUGAUCAAAGUACCAGACGAAGAUGUUAGAACUGCAUUUUACUAUGCCUUGAGAGAUACAUUGGUAGCAGGCGAUUUGGAACAAGCUACAAGAAUUGCCUAUGGUGCGCAGAGAUUUAGGGUGGUGACACUUAAUGGAGAAUUAAUUGAAACAACAGGUACCAUGAGUGGUGGUGGAGGUAGAGUAAGUAAAGGCAGGAUGGGUCAGUCCGUUCGUGUAUCGAACGUAGAUCCCAAAGAAUUGCAGAAUUUGGAAGAAGAUAUUCAACAGAUGGAGCAGCAGGUCCGGGAUCUGAGACAAAAGCAGGCUUCAUUGGAAAGCCAAAUUAAUACAUUACAACCCGAAUUGAGGCAAAUGAAAGUAGACUAUGAGAAGUUCUCAAUGGAACUAAAGGGUUUACAACAACAAAAACCUGUCUUAGAGAAACAACUAAAAGAACAAGAGCAGAAAUCCAAAGUUACAAAAGCCGAUCCUGCAAAAGUGAAACAAUUAACCAAGAUAGUGGAACAAAAAAAAGAACUAUAUGACGAAGCAAGUGAACGAGCUGGAGUUCUCCAAAGACAAGUUGACGAUCUUACCGCGCAAAUUAAAGAAAAAACUUCUGGUAAAAUGAAAACCAUCGAUAAAAAUAUUAACGAGGCUACAAAGACUGUAGAUAAGUGUAAAGCUGAAAUAACCCGACUUAAAGUAGCUGUAACUACUUCACAAAGAAAUACGGUAAAAUCUGAAGAAAAGAUUAAAACUAUGGAACAAGAUAUUACGGAUAUGGAAAACAGAUUGAGGCAGAUGAAAGCUGAACGUACUGAAAUAGAAGAAGAUGCGAAGAAACUAUUGGAUUACGUUAAGGAAGUUACCGAACAGCUUGCCGAGGAAGAAGAAAAAUAUGGAGAUGUAAAGAAAGAAGUUGCUCAUUUGUUGAAGCAAGAAAAUAAGAUUAAAUCUGAUAAAGUUGACGUUGAUCAGAAGGUAAAAACAUUUGAUAGCAAAGCUUCUGACUAUAAGGGAGCUAUACACCAAUUGGAAAAGAAGAUUUCGCAUUUGAAACCCCAAGAUAUUCCCAAUGAAACUCCAGUAGAGCUUAAAAAAUAUACCCACGAAGAACUAGAAGAUCAAGAUACUGCUACUGUUGAGAAGGAACUGGAAGCGGCUGAAACCCAUCUGAAAGUGGCCAAACCAAAUUUGAAUGCAAUUGAGGAGUAUCGAAAAAAGCAGACUGUUUAUAUAGAACGAUGUAAAGACGUGGAAGAAGUUAAUAACAAAAGAGUAGAAAUGAAACAGUUAUUGGAAAGUUUGAAGAGUAGACGAAAGGACGAAUUCAUAACGGGCUAUAAUAUUAUAAAACUCAAAUUAAAGGAAAUGUAUCAAAUGAUAACUUUGGGUGGAGAUGCUGAUUUUGAAAUGGUUGAUACGUAUGAUCCAUUUUCAGAGGGAAUUCAGUUUAAUGUGAGGCCUCCGAAAAAAUCUUGGAAGAAAAUUUCUAACUUAUCUGGAGGAGAAAAAACGUUAUCAUCUUUGGCCCUUGUCUUUGCUCUGCAUUAUUACAAACCUUCACCACUUUAUGUAAUGGACGAAAUUGACGCAGCCUUAGAUUUCAAAAAUGUGUCAAUUGUUGGAAAUUACAUUAAGCAACGCACCAAAAACGCUCAAUUCAUUAUAAUCUCUCUUCGAUCCAACAUGUUCGAACUGUGCGAUAAUCUCAUAGGAAUUUACAAAACGUACGAUUGCACGAAGUCUAUAACGAUAGAUCCAAGAGUAUAUGACGAGCAAACAAAACAGAAUGAAAAGCGAAUGUCCCAUGGAUCGACCAACGAAGAGACUAGACGAACGAUUGAGGCUACUUCUGGUACUGGAGAUUCUGGAGAUAAAAAUCCAGAAAAAAAUGUUAGCAGUGAAGUUGUAGACAACGAACCUUCGAACCAGAUGGAAGUUGAUAGUGUCGUCCAAAGUACAAAUAAUACCAGGGAUUCAUCUGGAUUAUCUAGUAGCAUGAGUGAAAAUAGUUUACAAGAAUCCCAAGUGCCCUAAAAUAUGAGGGGUAGUUUCGUUAUUUAAUUAAUACUUCUUGAAAUAAAUUGUAUCAUUUUUAGCUAGUUUUUUACAUAUUUUUAGUUUAUAAUGAUUUUUAUGAAUUGACAUGUUUUAUAAUAUCUUCAGAUUAUACUUAUUUUAAUAAAAU